AUGAAGGUCAUCACUUGUGAAAUAGUGUGGCAUAAUAAGGAGCCUGUUUACAGCUUGGACUUCCAGCACGGAGCCGAUGGGAAGAUCAAUCGACUGGCCUCAGCAGGUGUGGACACAGCCGUUCGGAUAUGGAAAGUGGAGAAAGGGCCAGACGGAAAAGCAAUUGUGGAAUUCUUGUCCAACCUUGCCCGCCAUACCAAAGCAGUAAAUGUUGUGCGCUUCUCUCCAAGUGGUGAGAUCCUAGCAUCUGGAGGAGAUGAUGCUGUUAUUUUAUUGUGGAAGCUGAAUGAUAGCAAAGAAUUGGAACCAUUGGUUUUUCAGGAAGAAGAUGAAGCUCAGCUCAACAAGGAGAACUGGGCAGUCGUUAAAACUUUAAGAGGCCACUUAGAAGAUGUAUAUGAUAUCUGUUGGACCUCAGAUGGAAAUUACAUGGCGUCUGCUUCUGUAGAUAACACAGCUAUAAUGUGGGAUGUCAAUAAAGGACAGAAGGUUUCAAUAUUAAAUGAACACAAGAGUUAUGUCCAAGGAAUAACAUGGGAUCCUUUAGGCCAGUACAUUACAACUCUGAGUUGUGAUAGGGUCCUCCGGGUAUACAACACACAGACCAAGCGUGUAGCAUUCAAUAUUACCAAGAUCGUAUCUGGAUCGGGAGCUGAAGGAGAGGCUAGGAGCUAUCGGAUGUUUCACGAUGACAGCAUGAAGUCAUUUUUCCGCAGGCUCAGUUUUACUCCUGAUGGCUCCUAUUUACUCACUCCGGCUGGCUGUGUCGAAUCAGGAGAAAAUGUAACAAACACCACGUAUGUUUUCUCCAGAAACAAUCUUAAAAGGCCUGUGGGUCACCUGCCAUGUCCUGGAAAAGCAACUCUUGCUGUUCGCUGCUGCCCAGUCUACUUUGAGUUGAGACGAGCAUUUAAUAAAGAUGAAAUUGGUCAGAAUUCAUCUCCUGCUCUGUUUAAUCUGCCCUAUCGACUGGUGUUUGCUGUUGCUUCAGAAGAUUCUGUGCUUUUUUAUGAUACUGAGCAGUCAUUCCCAUUUGGUUAUGUUUCUAACAUACAUUAUCACACCCUGAGUGACAUUUCAUGGUCCAGCGAUGGAGCCUUUCUUGCUAUCUCUUCCAUGGAUGGAUACUGUUCAUUUGUUACCUUUGAGAAGGAUGAACUUGGAAUACCACUGAAGGAGAAGCCACAGAUAAAUGUCAAGACUUCUGGUGUAACAGAGAAGAAAGUGAAAAAGAGCCAGCCACACAAAGUCAUUUCCCCAGGUUCUAGGCUGACAGAGGGGACUCCUCCCAGCAGGGUCACUGAUCCCAGCACUCUCGCUCUCCAACCUAGAACACCCACCGCUGCUGGUAAGGACUUGCCUUCCACACCUGUUGUCGUAAAAAACGUUCCAGUCUCAUCCUCAGAUGAGAAGAAAAUUAGCCAGUCAGCCAGCCAGAGUGCUAAAGCAAACCAGCCAAGGAGAAUUACUCUCAACACUUUACAAGCAUGGAGCAAGACGCCAAGGAGAGUAAACUUGAUUCCACUGAAGGCAGAUACACCAACCUCUGCAGAUACAGUUCCUAUACCUCCUUCCUCAGAACAAGAACAUGAGAGGCCAUUACCGUCUGAUGACAGUCUUCAAAAUCCCCCAGCAUCGAAACGUCCUAGAACUGAGGACAUGUCUCUUUCUGCAUCUCCUGAAGAUCAAAUUGUCUGUGAUUCAAAUAAAUAA